ACAAAGAGGGGCGAGCUAGAGAUUUUCAACCAGUUCGCAACUGGAUCAUAUCGAGACGACUAGAAGCAUUUUAUACUCUGGAAAUGUAAAUAAGUCUUGCGAAUAGAUUCGCGCGUACAGUAUUCAUUUACGUCCUCCUACGUGCGCGGAUUUCAAAUUGUUUAGUUAUAUCGAUAAUCAUUUCUCAUGUGGUCGAUACGUGUGUUAUAAAGAUUUUUCGGUAGUUGUGAAGUUCGCUUGUUUUAAUUUUAAUUUUGUUUAUUUAUUACGCGAAUUUCGCUAUCGCGAGUGUACAUGUGGUGUCGUGGUCAGUUUUAUUUUUAUUAAAAAUUUUUUUCUUUUUUACAUCAUCUUGUGUUAUUUUUAUUUAAUUUUCAGACAGAUGACAAGAUGAUGAAAACUACUCGUAAAAGAUAUUUAUUUAGCUUAGUCGCCGUGUUACAAUCGGUUCAUGUUUUAUCUGUAUUUAGUCCAGAUUCAUCGUAUAAUUAUUACGAUAGAGAUCAUUUUAAUCAAUAUAAUUUAACAGGCAUUUACGCCGAUGAAACCUACGGUCCACCACGAUCAAUAAUCAACACACAUGGACCCAGAUCUCCGGUCGUUUACGGAGGUUUCAAACCAUCCUACCCUGUAUUCCCAAGCAUACCUCAUUUCCGACCUUCAUUCCCACAUCAACCAUACCAACCUCCAUUCGAACAACCUGCUGGUCCUAAUCCUGGAUUCGGACAACCGGUCACUCCACCAAGUGGUCUGGGAGCACCGGAAACCGCUCCAGUAGGAGCCGGCUGCGCUCCAUUGAGCACUCCGUGCGCCAACAGCAAAUACCGUACGAUCGAUGGUACCUGUAAUAAUUUAAAAUACCCGACUUGGGGUGCCGCGAAUACCAAAUAUGGUCGAUUGGUUCGUCCUAAGUAUGCCGAUGGUGUCCACGCUCCACCAACUUCGGUCGCCAGCCAUGAACCUCUACCGUUGGCUCGUCUAGUGAGUAUCGUCAUGUUCCCAGAUUUACCGAUCCCAGAUCCUUUGUGGACUCUAGUCACUAUGUCGUGGGGUCAAGUCAUCACUCACGAUAUGUCUAUGGCUUUGGGUACAGCUCAAGCGAAACGCCACUCAACCAGAUGUUGCGACGACGACGGUCGUCUACGCUCCAAUAACGGUCCUAGCUGUUUCCCUAUUGUAUUACCCGAAGAUGAUCCGGUCUUUUCGAAAUAUAAACGUAUGUGUAUGAAUUUCGUGCGAUCGACCACUGAUUUAGAUACCGGUUGCAAUCCGGGUAAUCAGCCCGCCGAACAAUUGGUCUCUGUUACCCAUUGGAUGGACGCUUCUCUAGUCUAUGGAGCUACUCAACAAGUAUCCGAUACCGUAAGAGAACGAGUCGGAGGCAGAUUGAGAGUAGAAUUGAAAGAUCAUCACAGACCAUUCCCUCCUACCGCCAGAAAUAAGACAGCUGUUUGCGAUAUCCUCUCCGAACGUGAACCUUGUUACCAAUUCGGUGACCGAAGAGCCAAUCAAAAUCCACAAUUGACCGUUUUGCAAAUUUUAUUACUGAGAGAACACAACAGAUUAGCUACGGUUUUAUCGCACAUCAAUCCUCAUUGGGACGACGAAACUUUAUACCAAGAAGCUAGAAGGAUUCUGAUAGCCGAAUUCCAACACAUCAGUUAUUACGAAUAUUUACCCAUUAUAUUAGGAACCGACAACAUGUUGAAAUACAAAUUGAUCUACAAAUCCAAAGGAUUCACCAACGACUACAAUGACCAAGUAGACCCAAGCGUAUUGAACGGACACGCCACCGCUGCCUUCAGAUACUUCCACUCUUCCAUCCAAGGACAAUUCCAAUUGAUCGAUGAAACUAGACACGCUUUGGAUUCGAUCAGAUUAUCUGAUUUCUUCAACAGACCAGUAGUAGUUGAAAGUGGAAACAACCUUGAUCAUUUGACCAGAGGAUUAGCCACUCAAAGCCAAGAAGAAGUUGAUCCAUUCUUCACCAGCGAAAUCACCGACUUCUUAUUCAGAAGAGAUAGACCUUUCGGUAGAGAUUUAAGAGCCAUCGAUAUCCAAAGAGGCAGAGAUCACGGUUUAGGUUCAUACAACGACUACAGAGAAUUCUGUGGAUUACCCCGAGCUCACAAAUUCGAAGAUUUCCUCGACUUCAUCGAUGCUGAGAGAGUAGAAAAAUUAUCCAUUUUAUACGAUCACCCAGAUGAUGUAGACUUCACCGUAGGAGGUUCGUUGGAAGCUCAUGCUCCAGGUACCUUGGCUGGACCCACAUUCUUAUGCAUCUUAUUAGAACAAUUCUACAGAACCAGAGUAUCAGACAGAUACUUCUACGAAAAUGGAGGAGACAUCGGAUCCUUCCAACCAGAACAAUUACACGAAAUCAAAAAAUCCAGUUUGGCUCGUCUAUUCUGCGACAAUGGUGAUGAUAUCCAUUCGAUGCAACCGAGUGCUUUCCUCGUAAUAUCGGACGAAAAUCCUGUCGUAUCUUGCAGUGAUUACGAUAAAAUCCCAGCCAUAGAUUUGAAUUACUGGAAAGAAAUCCCACAUAAUGUUCCAUAUUUGAACGAAAAUAAUUAUUAUAAGAAAUAGUCAUUUUCAUUUUAGUUACUAUUCAAUGUGUUUAUUUUUCAAUUGAAAACUGCCAAUUAGAACUUGAAAAUGCACUCAUUACGUACCGUGCGAUAUAAAUUUUCAAAAAGCAUGGUUUUUAGAUCCGCGCAAUUUCGCGCAAAUUUAGCAUAAUUUUUUCCAGUGUAUAUUUUUUUUCAUAAAUAAUCAAAAAGAAAAAGGUGUUUUGAACAUGAUGAUUAUUUUGGACUUUGAAAAAAAUUAGGGUUUAAGAGUGUGAGGAGAAUGCGAUUAGAAGCAUUUUAGAAUUAGGACAAUGAUGAGUGUAUUUUCAACGUAUAUAUUUUGUUUUAAAAUAAUUUGUGUAUAAAACCCUGUAAAAUCUUUAUUUAUUAAAAUACAAACCGAGUAAAAUUAUUUAUAUGUUGUGUGGUAGCCUAUAAGCCUCUUUUUGAUGUAGUCAAACUUGAUGUAUUUGUAUAUAAAAUGUAAUAAAUUAUUUUAUUGAACUUUUUCA